UUGAAUCACCGGAGGAUGGAUUGGUCGAGGCCACAGUAGUUUGAGUUACUUCUGAUUUCAUCAUAUUUGUCACAGCUUCCAGCCGAAUUACUGAUUGUUCAGACAGUAAUCGAGAAAUAUGAAUAUUCCGGUACCACGGAUUCGAUCAAAACUCAUGGAUUACUACGUCAUUGCACUGACAAUUCACUAGGACAAUUGGCAAAUGGAAUAGUACAUCUGACUUUUGAUUAACCUCUGAAUAAUUUCACAGCUUAAUCUGUCAUUCACAGAAUUAAUUUUUUUUCAAUGAAACUUGAUGGGAGGGACGAUACUGAAGAGUAAAUCAUCAUGAGUCAGUUGUUAAAUUUAUAUCGGCAUCUCCUCGGUAAAUAUCCAUUUCGGGUGCAAGCUAUUCAAGCAGGCGCCCUAAUGGCACUCGGGGAUCAAAUAGCGCAGAACCUAGUGGAGGGACGGAAUUUCGAGGAAAUCGAUUACUCGCGCACAAUGAAAUUCUAUGCAAUUGGAUUUUGCAUAGGUGGACCUACGACCUUCACGUGGUACAGAUUGCUGGACAAACACAUUGGCUCAAAGGGCGGUCUUGUGGCAGCGAAAAAAGUAGCCUGCGAUCAACUGCUAUUUGCCCCCUGUUUCAUCGGUGUUCUUUUGAGCUCGAUCGGCUUCAUGCAGGGUAACAGCCUUAAUAGCGUACGAGAGAAACUCCAAAAGGAAUACCUUGACAUUCUCCGAAAUAAUUACAAAGUGUGGCCAAUGGUACAAAUGAUAAACUUUGCGUUCGUUCCACUGCAAUAUCAAGUCCUUGUGGUACAGUCUGUUGCAGUCCUCUGGAACUCCUAUGUUUCUUAUCGUACGAACAGAGACGUAAUUAAAAAGACGGACUCAUGAGAAUGUCUCUACUUU